CCUGUGCUGCGGAAGAGCGCAGGAACGAACUGAGCAGAAGCUCCGAAUAGUUGCUUCGUUAGCGACGGCGAAGUAACCGACUGCAGAACAUGGCAGCAGGCGGCGGUGGGCAGUAGUCAUUGAAAGACGAUUUGCGUCUAGUGAAGCAGUGUCAUGUGAUUUUAUCGGCAGAGUCCCUGGCAAAAGAUCAGUUCUACGGCAAAAAGUCGAAGGACCAGCCAAGCGCGUGGGCUGUUACCGACAACUGCAGAACGGACGACGGAAAUACAGAACUGAUUUUUUUUGCUAAAAAUUGUACACUUCAGAGCGACGAUUAGGGGCCGAAUAUGACGGAGAAGCAAGAGGUAAAGCCCUUUUUCCGAAUCAGCCAGGACGGUGCCAAGGAAGCAACAGUUAGCCAAUAUAGCGCCCACAUCAAACGGCUACGGAGUACUUUUGCUGCCGGUCGCACAAGACCGUUGGCCUGGCGAAUUCGACAGCUAGAAGCGCUGAAAUCCUUUUUAACUGACAAUUACGAAGCACUAAUUACCGCGUUAUAUUGUGACCUUCGCAAAGGCCGUUUGGAGGCGAUAAUCUUCGAGGUAGAUUUCGUUCUAAAUGACAUCAAUGGAGCGCUCAUGAACAUCGGCAUAUGGGCACAGCCCGAACCCAUCCCCAGGACGCUUAUGACCUUAAUAGACACAAGUACUCUUCACAGUGAGCCACUUGGAUUGGUUCUGUUGUUAGGUGCGUGGAACUACCCUGUUCAAAUUACCCUGAGCCCUCUGGUAGGUGCAAUCGCUGCAGGUAACUGUGUCGUUAUCAAGCCUUCGGAGCAAAGUCCGGCAACGGCUGCCCUUUUGGAACGUCUAAAAAGCUAUCUUGAUAACGAGGCCUUUCUAAUCGUAAACGGCGGAGUUGAAGAAGCCACCGAGUUGCUGAAAGAGCGUUACGACAUAAUUUUCUACACAGGCUCGGUUAACGUUGGUAAAAUCAUCUAUGCUGCCGCCCAGAAGUAUCUGACACCUGUCGUACUCGAGUUGGGUGGUAAGAGCCCGGUGUACAUCCACCCCGAUGUCGACUUGGGCAUAACAACAAGACGAGUACUGUGGGGAAAAUUUGUGAAUGCAGGCCAAACCUGCGUCGCUCCUGAUUAUGUCAUAUGCCAUGAACAGAUCUACGAUCAAUUCAUUUCAACAGCGAAACGAAUAAUUCGGGAGUUCUUCGGUGAUGACCCGAAGUCAUCACCUGAUUUUGGUCGUAUCGUAACAACCGGCCACGCUGAGCGCCUUGUUCGUUUGAUGCGGGGGGCGGAUAUCGUCGUUGGAGGAAUUGCCGACCCUGACAAUCGUUAUGUGGCGCCGACAAUCGUCAAAAACGUUCAAGGUUCGGAUCCGCUGAUGCAAGAGGAAAUCUUUGGACCGAUCCUUCCGGUUAUGAAGGUCAAAGGACUCGAUGACGCUAUUCAAUUUAUUAACUCUCGUGAUAAGCCUCUUACGGCAUAUUUGUUUGCAAGAGACCAGCGAGUCAUUUCACUCUUCACCAGCGAAACCUCUUCCGGAUCGUUGUGUAUCAACGACGUUCUUGUUCAUCUAUCGAAUGAGGGCUUGCCGUUCGGGGGAGUCGGUACCUCGGGCAUGGGCCGAUACCAUGGCAAGUACACCUUUGACUGUUUCUCCAAUAAGAAAGCUGUCAUGCAGAGAGAUUUCUCCUAUAUUGGUGAGAUUGUCGGAAAAAAGCGUUACCCACCGUACACGGAGAAAAACCUUCAACUUUUUAAAAUAAUUCUGAAACGGCGCGGGCGUCUCCUUGGGCCAUUUAGACCCUUUGUCCUGCCAUUGUUUUGGGCGACAAUCGGUAUUCUUUUUUAUCGCUAUUUGUUGAGGUUUCUCUGAUCAGACAGUAACAUUAGUAUGGUGCAAAAUAUUACCAUGCUACGCUGAUAUUGUUCGUGCGGCUGUGCUAUAUCAUUCGAUUCACCGCAAAUAAAAAUCAACCUAGGUUACAAAGAUAUUAUAACAUGGCAGUAUUCACAGAAAAAGACAAAACUGCUAAUUUCUUCUAUGUCCGACACGUCGUCACAACAGAUGACUACCUCGUCUGCUCUGUAGUCCAUGUCACAAUGAUUAAAUAAUUAGUACAAGUUAAGUUAUAAAUAGUACUACUUCUUAGCGAAGGAAUAAUGUACAGGCAUGUAUCUAUAAUAUCGGUCAUUGACAAGGUAACUUGCCAAUACAACUCAAUGCUUUUCACCUCCUCUGUGCAAUAUAUAGUAUACCCCUUAUUAACCCAAAUCAGGAAAAUUCCAGGUACAUAUGUGGACAGGCAUCUUAAUAAUAACCUAUAAGAAUUUACGAAGCGAGUAUUGUUGUCAUAAGGACGCUUACUUGUCAAAUAAAUAUUGGUUUCAUAACGUAAAGGCAAUAAUAAAGUUGUUAUGAAGGCCAGUGAUAAGCCCCUACAUGCACGCUCCUUCUCUGUGUAGAGCGUCUAUUGAGUUCAAGCAAUUUUGUUCUAAGAAACCCGUUAACGCGCUACAUAAUGACAUCUUUUAAAUAGUUAAGCGUUUCAAUACUGGAUCCUCUACCCCUCUAUAGCAUUGUGAUAACUACUGGUCUAAUAUCGUUUAGUAAACAAAUCACCACUUUGAAGUACAAUAUCUCGUAGAGGUUUCGGCGAAAAUUUUGUCGCCUGAAAACAGAAUCAAAUCUAGAGUACUGGCGCCGUUAUUGAUGGAACAUUUCGAAAAAAACUUCAGUUAUUUUGAUAGUAUGAUGACUUGCUACCGUAUUCACGCUGAAAGCAGGUUGGAACAAAGUGUAAGUACAAAGGUAGCAUCAGAUUCAAUUCAGGUACUCGAACACCUCUAAGCAGAUGACAAACAAGCUAAAGCCGUACGAAAUAUACAACAUCUUAAGUACACGUCCAUAGGAGCAAUUUUAAGAACCGAGUCCUUACUGCCUCAGGCAAAUAGUUUGAACCGAAGGGCAAACUUCACCUAGCACAACAUCGGUGCUAGUGAAAAGGGUGCCUUCACGUUCUAUGUAACCUGCUACUUUCUGUUACAGUCCUCAGCGGCUUUUCGUCAUCUUUAUUCUCUAAUUUUUCACCGGUGCCGUCAUGGUAGACGAGGGCUUCACUUGCUUUCUUGAAGAAGGACGUUCAUUUUACAGAAGUUAACUAGGGCACCCACCCUAGUUCCCCAAUUUGAAUGUACUUACCCUUCAUCUGCAUAACCUGGCCUCUUUCCAUUGUUACCCAUUUUUCUUAGCGAGAAGGAGGCAGGUCCAAGAGCCAGUCGAGCGCUCCGACACCCCGCGUUUCGAAGCCUCGUCGCCUCGUCACCCGUCGGGUUUCUAAGGCCUGACCCAGCGGCUGCUACGGACAGCACAUGUUGAUUUAUCUAUUUAUUCGCGUUCUUUCUCCUAGGCCCACUACCCCGUUACUACUUAGGACGAAUCUACCAUAUAUCCUACUAAUAACGCUCGUACCGGUUUGCUAUCGUAGUCGUGCUUAUUUUACUCCUACACCAACAGCAGUAGUAGAAAGAGCAUACUGCGUAAGAGCCCGAGUUAGAGUCCCCUUGAGCCGUUCGUGGCCCACGCCGCGAGGACAAGGGCGGUGUUCACAGCUCCAAUUACGCUGCUUCGCUGAUUGGACGAAAAGUAACAUUUAAAGGGGGUAACCUUUCGAAACCCCCGCUCUCUCUCGCAGUAGGCUGUCACGAGAUGCUGAGAAGGCGGGAAUCGCAUGUAUGAGAAGUAGGCCUACAGUAAGUUUGAGGAUCUUUUGGCGAGAUGCAUUUAACAGAAAGAGAAACUGGGAAAAAGCUGCAAUAGAAAAUGACUUGAUACAGAGGCAAAUGGCAAACAUUUCAUAUCGCUGCAGUUAGCUUAGUGCCUAUACUUCUAAUGGUUGUUAUCGCUCUUGAUGCUACGAAUGUUCGGAUGAAUGGCCAAAACUUUAAAAGUCGAAAACAAGUUUUAUAUAUAUAAUACUUACAUUAAGUGGGUUGUACAUAGUACAUAGAAAACAUGGUAUAUGUAGUAAUAAAG